AGCCCAGCGGAAGUCCAUCUUGGAGGAGCAGGGCUAGAAGGGCCUGAACACAACGGCACAGAUGGACCCACAGGACCAGUGGGGCCAGGUAUCUCCUCUCUGCAGGUUGACUCAGGAAGCUUAUGCCCCCCAGAUGCUGUGCGUGAACUUAGACAGUAAGGACGAGGCUGGUGGAGGGGCAGGAGACAAAAAGGGCACUGGUGACCCUGAUCACCAAGCCUGUCCAAGGGGCAGCUCCCAAGUGACUGAGGACAACCCUGCCUUGCCAUGGCAGCAUCAACCUCGCAAGAAAGAAGAGAAAUUCUCUGACUCCUGCAGUGCCCAGGGCAUGGGAAAGAACCCCAUGAUAGUGCCUGGGAAGACCAGGUGGGAAAGAGACGAGACGAAGAUCACGCCGACCCAAGGCUCCACUGGAGCAAGCAUGGUUCUGAGUGCCCUCCCCAGGGGCCUCUCACACACGUGGUUCAGUCGGACACAGUCUCUUAGGGGCUCAUUACCUGCCGGCAAUGAUGGCGACUCCAGGGCAAACCUGAACGCUGCCUUGGGUGUCCCAUCCAAUUUCCCUGGUUCUGGUAAGUAUUUCUGUGCACAGAAGGGUGUAGACAAGCCCCCAGACAGCUCCCCUCUGGAGUGUGUCCCAAAGGUAGGGGGCAGUUGGGACCUCUCCACGCAGGAGCCACACACACCAGCCCAGGGGUCAGCCACCCCGGCCGGCCUGGCAGAGGCCGUGCUGGCCAAAGUGCAAAAGGGCCUGAAGGGCCCGGAACCGGGUGGCGCAGGGGAGGGCAGUCGAGGGGAGGUUCAUCCUUACAAGAGCCUGCGGGGCGGGCGGGCCUUCCAGAAGCCCAGCCACCCGAUGAGCCCCACGCAGACGCCGGGUGCCAAGCCUUACGCGUGCGAGCUGUGCGGGAAGGCCUACUCCCACCGGGGCACGCUCCAGCAGCACCAGCGCCUGCACACGGGCGAACGGCCCUACCAGUGUCCCUUCUGUGACAAGGCCUACACCUGGUCCUCGGACCACCGCAAGCACAUCCGCACGCACACGGGCGAGAAGCCCUACCCGUGUCCGGACUGCGGGAAGGCGUUCGUGCGCUCCUCCGACCUGCGCAAGCACCAGCGCAACAUGCACAGCAACGACAAGCCCUUCCCGUGCGCCGAGUGCGGCCUGACCUUCAACAAGCCGCUGUCGCUGCUGCGCCACCAGCGCACGCACCUGGGCGAGAAGCCCUUCCGCUGCCCCACCUGCGACCGGGAGUUCGCCGUGGCCAGCCGGAUGAUGGAGCACCAGCGCGUGCACUCGGGCGAGCGGCCCUUCCCCUGCUCCACCUGCGGCAAGUGCUUCACCAAAUCCUCCAACCUGAUCGAGCACCAGACGCUGCACACCGGCCAGAGGCCCUUCAAGUGCGCCGACUGCGGCGUGGCCUUCGCGCAGCCCUCGCGCCUGGCGCGCCACCAGCGCAUCCACACCGGCGAGCGGCCCUUUCCCUGCCCGCAGUGCGGCCAGGCCUUCGCCCGCUCCUCCACCCUGAAGCGGCACCAGCAGAUCCACUCCGGGGAGAAGGCCUUCGUCUGCGCCGAGUGCGGCAGGGCCUUCCGCGUCGCCUCGGAGCUGGCCCAGCACAUCCGCGUGCACAACGGCGAGAGGCCCUACCAGUGUGAGGACUGCGGCCAGGCCUUCACCCGGUCCAACCACCUCCAGCGACACCGCGCCAGGCACCGCAGCUGCAAGAAGGAGCCCAUCCCCUCCUCCUCUGACGAGUGAGGGCUCCCUCAGCUCACUCGCAGGGACGGCGAAGACCGGCCGACCUCGUUGCCUGGAGCCCUCCUCCACGGACGAGCCCACUCUGUCACAUGGUGUGGCCGCCUAGCCCCUCUGGCCAGCCUCCCCUCCCAGCCUCCGCUCCCACUGCUGACCUCACUGGGACUGCUUCCCCGUGUGUAAGGUGACGUAAGACACCUUACCUCUCAGGCCUGCCCCGAGACUGAAGGGAGACCAUGUGCACGAACCACUUCCCAUGGCUCCUGGCAUUCCUGGGGCACUCCGGCGUGUGCGCGGCUGCUGCUGACCGCGGAGACAUUGGCCUCGGCUCUCUAACCCAUCCCCAGUGACGUGGGGUCUUUUACAACUUACAUCUGCAUUUGUAACUCUUACUAGUAUAAAAUUCUCAUCUGCUCUCGAAACAAAAACAAAAACAAACAAAAAAGCGGGUGGUCCGACUGAUUUAUAUAUUUGAUCCCCCAUAUAGAAAGUAAUGGGGUUGGGGGAAGCAGAUUUGCGGUUUUAGGUCAGUCUUUCCUCUGCAUCUCAGAGGUCAAACUCCAUUGGAAAAGGGUAAGAGAAAGUAGCGAGAGCUGAUCAACGGUUGAGUGUUUUGGUUGGGGCGUCUCAGUCGGAAAGUAUAGAAUUACAUGCUGGGCAGUGUGUUGGGGUCCAGGGACACAGUGAGAAAAAAACUGGCCCACCCUGCCCUCAAAGCCAUGUGCAAAUACUGAAAAGGCAUCAGGGGCUGGCCCUUUUCAGAGAAAGGCGCUGUUCAGUUUUUACAUGAAUAAAGAAAUCCCCCGGAGUGCUUUCUAUGAGGGACUCUUUCCAAAGCAACAAAGUAUAUGUGGGGGUAACUCACACCCAGCCAGGUGGCCCAGCGUUUCACUCUCCUAAUGAUAUGAUUCUACUCUGGGGACUGUCUUUCUGAGUCUUAGCUUUGGAUUAGAGAAGGCCUUUAUCUUAAAGAGAAGGGCGUUUGUCUCCUACAUUUAGGAACCAGUUAUCCUAGAAGCCCAGAAAAGCCUUAGCAUCUGAAAAGGAGGCACGCCCCUCUUUACCCUGGAGUUUAGUAACUGAAGCUUCCCUGAGGCAAAAUUCAUGUGCCUCCUCUCUGGCCACUCUUCUUCCUAUUUCCACCUGGGAGCUUCCAUCACAUGCUGUAUUUACAGAGGAAUCCGCCCAUUUACAGAGAGAUAUUCAAAAUUUCUCCCUAUGGGCCUGACCAUGGUUCAGGCAAACUUUUAGUUUCAUUUAAAUUUACCAGGAUCAUGAGCUCUGAUAUAAAGUAAGUAAAAUAGAGUGCCCUUUGCCCAAGUGCCAGCCAGCUUGUCUGUUUCGCAGUCAUUAAAACCAGACUUGAAAAACAACAUGACUCACAAUGAUUCUCUACCAAGGUUAUUUGAAAUUUGCACUACAAACAGCCAUUCUUAAAAAUGUAUUGACACAUACUUGAUUUCGUACAGUUUAGUCAGUAGUUCUUAGCUCUGGACAUCAGCUGGGAGGAAUCCAUGACUUCGCAGAGGUCCCUUGAUGCUCAGGGGCAAACAGCCACUUCUAAUCUUGCCAAAGUCAGGUAAGGUAUUCCUCGAUAAGGCAUCGUGCCCUCCUUUUGAGGAUAGCUUCAGUAUAUUUCUGAAGUUGCCACCAAAGCCUGCCAAAUCUGAAUUUCCCUUGGAUAGUAGCUGGUAUGGAUUCAGGGAGGGACUGCUAAAUAGUGUUCUCAUGCUUGACAUAUGGGGGCCAAUGAGAAGUGGUAUAAAGGUCGUCAUGCUUUGUUUGAUGAAGGUAACCUUACAGCUCUGACUGCACGCCUAGAGGUUUUUUGUGUUAAUUCCCUUAGUUACACCUGCAUAUCCAAACAACAGAGUCAGCCGUUUUCUGGGUCUCACACUAAAGCCAGUGGUUGGGUUCCUGGUCCCAUCCCUAUCAUUUACCAGUGAUAUGACCUUGCCUUCAGUUUCUGCAUCGGAAUUGGCAAAAUAGGAAUGAUAAUGAUGGAGUAAUAAAAAGUGUGAGUCAUCCUACCAGGAGAGGAACUUUGAAUGCAAAGGCAUUAGACUGGUGGAGGAGUCAUAAAAAUCAGUCAUAACCUUGUGUCUAUGAAGAGAGUAAAGGCUAGCAUAUUUUUUUCUGGAUAAUCAAUGAAAUACUUGAAGACUGAAAUUACCAUUCUUUUUCUUUGUGUUCUUUUUUCUU